UAAUGUACCUGGCGGGAGGAUCGCCUCGUGUUGGAUUCGUUCCUCCUUCCCUAGCGAACAUCUAUGAACGGCAAUAUGGACAACCAACAGCUAGUUUCGCUUUUCCAAGGCACGCUUGACCCUAAUUUGAGGAUAGAAGCAGAGAAGAAGCUAGAAGAGAUUUCCCACUUCCCUGGGUUUUCAGCAGUGUUACUGCAAAUGGUAAUGACCCAAGAAAUACAGAUUCCAAUCAGACAAGCAGCUGUGAUUUAUCUGAAAAAUAUGAUAAGCCAUCACUGGGUGAAGAGGAAUGAAGAUCUGUAUCCAGUUGGACAUCUUCCAUAUGUUAUACCUGAUGAAGACAAACACACACUGAAAGAAAACAUUGUUGAGGCCACAACACAUGCUGCAGAACAAAUAAGGGUCCAGCUUACAGUCUGUAUAGCAGAAAUCUUGUCAUGUGACUUUCCAGACAACUGGCCAAGUUUGAUACCAAAGCUGCAUGGUUACAUCACAUCAGAAAAUCAAACAACUUGGUUGGGAGGUUUGACUGUUCUACAUCAAGUUACUAAAAAAUAUGAGUACAAGAACAAAACUGACAGAGGCCCAGUUCUGAAGGUUAUGGAAAUGUUUUUGCCAAUACUCCAUAGCCGUUGUGUUGGUUUGAUGAAAGAUGAUACUGCAGAGUCUUGCACAAUUCAAGCAAAGAUACUCAAAAUUUUCAAAUCUCUAAUACAGCUUCAUCUACCUUUGGAGUUAAUCAACCAAAACAAUUUUCCUCAGUGGAUGGGAAUAUUAAAAACAAUUAUGGAAAGGCCUGUACCUGAGGCUGCCAAAAGCUGGGAUGAAGAUGAGCAACCCUCACCGUGGUGGAAAUGCAAGAAAUGGGCUGUUACUGUUCUGUUUAGAAUCUUCGAACGUUAUGGAUGCCCUGGCGGGGUCGGCGAGGAGUAUGCUGCUUUUGCUGAUUUCUAUGACAAACAUUUCUCAGAAAGUGUGAUGGAAAGUAUGCUAAAGAUUCUCGAUCUUCAUAGAAGAAAAGAAUAUGUUUCGCCACGAGUUCUUCAGCAAGUUUUCAAUUAUUUACACCAAGGCGUUGCAAAUGCAAGGUCAUGGAAAGUAAUGAGACCUCAUGUCCAGACAAUAAUAAGAGAAAUAAUAUUCCCGUUAAUGUGUCAUAACAAAGAAGACGAAGAAUUGUGGAAUGAAGAUCCUCAUGAAUACAUAAAAGUCAAAAAUGAUCUUUUCGAAGACUUUCUAUACAUAUCACCGAAUGCAGCAGCGAAGAACUUGUUGAUUGAAGUAAAUACAAAGAGAAAAGGAGUCCUGGAACCCACAAUUCAAUUCAUCAUGGAAAUACUAACAGCAAAUCCACCUGACCCAAUGAAAAAAGAUGGCGCCUUACACAUGCUUGGAGCUCUUGCUAAAAAGUUAUCAAAGCGAAAGGAGUACAGAAACAACAUGGAAAUCGUACUCGUUAGACACAUAUUUCCAGAAUUUCAAAGUGAAUUUGGCUUUCUGAGGGCCAGGGCAAAUUGGGUCGUUCAGCAUUUCUCCGUCUCCCCGUUCAACGAUAUAGAAAUCCUCGCGCAAACAGUGAACCAUGUAAUGAAUUCAUUGUGUAAUGAUAAGGAACUUCCGGUUCAAGUGGACGCUGGGAUUGCUAUUAGUCACAUCUUGGAAAGAGACGAGGAGGGAGUAAUGGCGGCUAUAAAACCACAUGUCAGGAAUAUUGUCGAAAAGCUACUAAUUUUACUUCGCGAAACUCACACCGACGAAUUAGCUGGAACGAUUUCAAAGAUGGUUGAAAAUUUUGGUGACGAUAUUUCUUCGAUAGCCUUUGAGCUAACAAGUACCUUGUGUAAAACGUUCUUGGAACUCGUGGAAAGUGAAGAAGAUUACGACAGUAAAUCAGUAACGGCAGUUGGCGUAUUAGAAACGAUCGGAUGCAUUGUUGGCGAACUCGACCAAGAAGAGGAAAUAAUGUCACAAUUAGAAGAACUCGUCUCGCAGCUUAUAGUCACAGUGCUACAAAAAGAAUAUAUGGAAUUUUACGAAGACACAUUUACAAUUUUAAGUGAAUGCACAUCAGUAAAAAUUUCACCAAGGAUGUGGCAGCUCCUUCAGUUAGUUUAUGAAACAUUCCAAAGAGAUACUAUCGAUUAUUUUACAGAAAUGAUGCCAUGUCUGCAUAAUUAUGCCACUGUGGAUGCACCAGGUUUUCUCGCAAAUCCUCGAAACAUCGAAAUUAUGUACGAAAUGGCGAAAAAGGUUUUGGAAUCAACGACGGGGGAGGAUCCAGGGGAACAGGCCGCAAAACUAAUUGAAGUUAUCAUAUUGCAACACCGGGAUGGAAUAAGCCAGUGGCUGCCGGCGUUCAUGAUGUUGGCUUUGGAAAGACUUACGAGAGAAGUGAAAACGAGUGAAUUCAGGGUUCUUCUGCUACAAGUAGUUAUUGCAGCGUUGUAUACAAAUGGCCCUUUGGCUCUUGGAGUACUUGAGAAAACGCAGUUUCCAUCAGCUAGUGAGCCUAUCACAGCGCAGUUUAUCACGCAAUGGCUGAAAGACACUGAUUGCUUUCUUGGAAUGCACGAUCGAAAGGCGUUUGUUCUUGGCAUGUGCUCUCUGCUUUCCAUACCGAGCGGCGAAAGACCGCAAGCUGUAAAUGCCCUUGCUCAACAAUACUUACAGUCGUUGAUCACUAUAUUCAAAGGUCUAAAAGAAGGAUACGAUGAAAUAACUGCAGCUGACGAAGAAGACAAGGACGAGGAAGGAGGUGACGAGCUGGAGAGCAGUGAUGACGAAUAUGACGAAGAUGGAGCCGAAUAUGUUGAUAUGCUGCAAAAACAGAUAGAGAGUAAAUCGUCUGGACUAAAAUUUUUCGGCGAUUCUGAUGACUUAGAAAUAUUUACGACCCCGAUCGAUGAUAACCCAUACAUAGAUGAAUAUAUUACAUUUAGAGACACGUUACAAGGUUUGCAGACGAAGGACGCGCAGUUUUACGAAGUUAUGGUCACAUCGUUAUCUCCAGAACAACACGGCGAAAUUCAAGAAAUUAUUAACGAGGCAAACCGAAGGCAGAAAGCUAACGAGUCAAGAAAGUACGAGGAACAAGGAGGAUACAAGUUCACGCUAGCAGACCUUCCUGCGAAAUUCUCCUUUGGAGGAUCACAGUAACCCUAAAGUUAUUGGGAUAAAAAUUGGCGAAAAAUGAAGUCGUCUUUGCUGGUCUAUAAUGGCAAGCUUAGGCCCAAAGUAAUAUGAAGAACAAUGUAUACAGUGCGCAAUAAGCGCUCUUUGUUUUUAUUGCUGCUUUACUUUCAAUAGGUCAAAAGUGCCAUGUUUCAACAAUUAGGAUAUUUUCUACUGUAAUGCCAAAAUGGUAGGAGUGAGCAACAUAAAGAUGAUACACGCUUGUAAAUUUUUGAGAUUAACUAAUUAUGCAAUGAGAAUGUAAUGGUUUAUAAGAAUACAAAUGCUUGGCUGUGUAGCUUCUACCUUUUUUAGAAACAAGUUGAAUUAUGUUUGCCGUGCAGGACCCACUGGCUGGCACUUUAAUGAACCAGAGUAUUAAGUGUGAAAGUCACAGUAUGUUUAUAAAGUGCAUUCUUGCCAAAUUUUGGCAGUAAAUCGUUUUGCAUUCACAUGUCUCCAGAUGCCCUUAAUAAAGUAUCAUUACUCCCAAUUUUACCGUUUAAAAAGAAAUCUUUAUGCCCUUCCGCCCGACAGUGUUUAAAUCACAAUUUGUCCGCUCAAUUAGCCUAUUUUGUGGGAGUGUAGAGCUCGUUCCAAGGCAGUUAACUAAGGAUGGUAGCUCGGCUCCUUUUGCACUAGUUAGUGUUUUACAGUUUUAAUAGUGAUAUUAAAAACUUCCCCUUACCAGUUCAUGAAAUCAACUUACCCUGGUAAAUAUAUAAAAUGUGAUCCCUUACCAGUACAUUAAAUCAACUUUAAGAGUUGUGAGGAUCAUAAUUGGACAAAUUUGACGGGUAAUUACCCGGAGAUCCUCCAUUUUUUUAAGUUCUGCUACGAUCUAUAACAUUAAAAUGUUUCUUUUGGCGAUACAGUGUUGGUUAUUAUCUUUUAUCGAAAACAUAAUAGUUAUAAUUCGUUGGUGACGAUUUUCCAUGAUAAGAUGACAUAGGGUAAGUGAGGCUGAAUUUAAAAACAUGUAAGUGAGGACAUAGGGUAAGUGUGGCUAAAUUAAGAAUAUGUGACGAUUAAUUCAUUUGGCAAACAUUGAUUUUUAUGGUUUAUUUCAUAUCAUAUGGUUCGCAGGUUUGCAAGAAACAUAAAAACGUACAAAACGCUCUUGUUUAUUUACUUAUCUUUAAUUUGUACAUGGACAAAGAAAUGCAUCGUGUACAUUAGAUCCACAAUAAUCUGCAAAUAAUAGAAAUUAACUUUCAUUUAAUUCUCUGUUUAAUUGAUUGCUGAUAACAUCCCCUCAAAACUUUCCUGCAAUUUUCUUGCAAAGAAAAACCGCAUUUUCCGUUUCUGAACAUCCAGUGAUUAUAGCUAUUUUUGCCAUAGGGUUCAAGUCAAAAAGUCAAAAGUGUAGUGUUUAUAUAUCACCGUGCAGACACGAGGAGCCAAGAGAAGUGAAUAGUAUUAUAUCUUUAUUUCCAGCUUCUAUAACAUUUUUACGAAAAAUUUUCUGCGUUAUCGCUUGAUCCUCGUUAUACUGCCAUACCUUCUGUGAGAUCAGCGCAUUGGAUCAGCGUCACUGCCCGUUGUCCGUUGUACAACGUUGUCUUUUGUCUUGUAAUUAUUUUCGCAAUACUUUGACCUACGGAGGAAAGGAGUUAUAGAAUCAUUUUUUAUUACAAUGUUUUGCGUAAUGUUAUUCUCCUUUAUUGGAAACUGCCUAUUAAGAGGAGUGAAAUCGUAAUUUAUAAUAAACAUUUCAACUAAA